UUAAUAUUAUUUCUACUUAUAUUAGAAAUUAAUAUAUAAUUAUUAUUUUUAGUUAAACGUCAAAAAAUAAGUCAAAUGAAAGAUAGAGCCUAUGAUUUGUGCAAAACAUACCUGAGUGGACAGUGGGAUAAUAUCACCAGUAGUGAAAUGGUAUUCAAUAAGAUUAGUGGGGGUUUAAGUAAUCAAUUGUAUUACUGUUCCCUUCCGGACACUCAUAAACCUAUUGGUGAUGAGCCCAGGGAUGCACUGUUGCGACUGUACGGCCAGACCAUCGAUGGGGACGACUAUAAAGUGACGGAUUCGCUGAUAACGAUGUUAUUGUCUGAACGCAGAUUAGUGACGGAUUCGCUGAUAACGAUGUUAUUGUCUGAACGCAGAUUAGGUCCCAAACUGUACGGUGUGUUCGCCGGCGGACGGCUCGAGGAGUAUAUUCCGUCACGGGCGAUGACACUCCAAGACAUCAAAAAUCCUUUAUAUCAGAAAAUCAUUGCCAAAAAGUUUGCACAAAUUCACGCCAUGGAUGUGCCCAUCAAAAAGCAACCGACCUGGCUGUUUGACAUAUUGGACCAGUGGUUGCAAGAUAUCUAUGACUAUACACCCGACCCAAACCGCCCACAACUCAUACCAAACCCCUCGUUGGAGCGGGAAAUGUGUGCUUUUGACUACAAAUCGGAGCUAAAAUGGUUGAGACAACUGCUCAGCACCUGUGGGUCACCGGUAGUCUUCUCGCACAACGAUCUCGCGGAGGGAAAUAUACUGAUCCCUGAGGACAGCACCGCCUACGAGGACGGUGUGGUGUUCAUUGACUACGAGUACGCCGCCUACAACUACCGGGGCUUUGAUUUGGGCAAUCAUUUCGCUGAAUACCUGUACGACUACGCAAACCCUGAUUACCCGCACUAUUGGGUCGACUUCAGCGCCUAUCCCAACGACCACCAGAAACGGCUGUUCGUCAGGGAAUACAUCCGACACUCAAAGCACUUGACUAUCGACAGGGAAACGGAGGACCAGUUGAUCCGCCGACUAUUUCACGACUUCAGCGCCUAUCCCAACGACCACCAGAAACGGCUGUUCGUCAGGGAAUACAUCCGACACUCAAAACACUUGACUAUCGACAGGGAAACGGAGGACCAGUUGAUCCGUGAGGCCGACUAUUUCACACUCGCGUCACACCUAUUGUGGACCCUCUGGUGUAUCACAAAAGCCCGCACCUCUCCCAUGAGAUACGGAUAUUGGGAAAAUUCAAAGGAUAGACUCAAUGCUUAUCGUAAGCAUAAGGAACUGGUGUUAAACACACCGUCUCACACACGCCUUAUGCAGAUCACAGAUUUAGAGGAAAGGGGUUCCGAAGAGGACGAGGACAGCGACGGAACGGCAGAU